AUGCUGUCAGCAUCAUUGUCGACAGAGGACAGAAAUCAACUUCCUUCAUGUCCACCUAAAGCGUACAGCGGCCGCGAUAAGGCCGCAAAUGACAACACCUGCAGCGCUCAAGCAUACGAUCUCGAGAGCAAUCACAAGGAAAAGAGCGAGAACAGUAGCAGCAGCGACAACAGCAUGGCGCCCAAGGCCCCUUGGUGGUCUCGCUACUCGGGCUACCAGAAGCUCAGGAUUCAGCGGCCAAACAGUCCGGCACGCCGUGGCGUCUUUGCUGCAUUGGCCGCCUGCGUCGUCAUAGUUACAGUCGUUGUCGUCUGGCUUUCCAAGACGCAUCGAUUGGGGUCGGGAAAGUCAAGUGUAACGGUUACGUUACAGCAAGGGACAUAUCUGGGCGAGACGACACCAAAAUCAAGCAUCUACCCUCGCGCCGUAGAUGCUUGGCGUGGCAUUCCCUAUGCUCAGUCCACCGGGGGAGAUAAUCGUUUCCGCGCUCCACAACCUCUGUCAAGCGACGCGAGCUCGAGCAAAGUCUACAAUGCCCAGGACUUUGGGCCCAUUUGCGGCAAUACCGGUGCCGAGGACUGCUUGAGCGUCAAUGUGUAUCGACCUCACUUUGGAGACAAUUACCAAGCAGAUGCUGCUGACAUGAAUAAAUUGCACCACGAAGGAAGGCAACUACCAGCCAUGCCCGUGGUUGUCUACGUCCACGGCGGAGGUUUCAAUGGGGGAGCUGGCAAAGAGCGGAACAUGGCCAGUUUUGUAAGCUGGGCGGCCAUGCCGAUCGUCGGUAUCAGCUUCAACUACCGGACAGGCGCUCUGGGUUUCCUGCCCAGCUCGAUUACGGAGAAGGAGGGAGUCCUGAAUCUUGGCCUCAAGGAUCAACAAAUGCUUUUGGCUUGGGUGCAAAAGAAUGUUGCUACAUUUGGCGGUGAUCCAGACAAUGUCACUCUCAUGGGGUUGAGCGCUGGUGCCCACUCCAUUGGCCAUCAACUCAUCUCCUAUUCACCAGCGAAUAAGCUAACAAAUAAUGCCGUUCCUUUUCACAAAGUCAUCAUGGAGUCGGGCGGCCCAACAGCACGCGCUGUAUUUGCCCCUUCUCAUCCGCUUCAUGAGCAACAAUUUCAAGAGUUUCUGAGCGCCUGUGGGCUUUCUGAUAUAUCAGAUGACGAAGUCUUUCCAAAACUCAGGGAGCUUUCACUCUCUCGCAUUCAGUCGGCGUCCAAAGCGAUCUGGGACAAGUACAACAGCCCGAGUCUGCGGUGGGCUUUCCAGCCUUCGAUUGAUGGACCCGGAGGUGUGAUUCCCGACUUACCGCUACGAUCGUGGGAAAAGGGCAGCGUUCUGAGGAUACCAAUCUUGUCGGGCUUCGAUACGAAUGAAGGCGCCACGUUUGUGCCCCCAAGAGCCUCUGAUUCAGACGCUCUCCGCGAUCUGCUUGGUGGUAUUAUACCCGCACUUAAUGAGACGAGUCUUACCACCAUGGAGAAUAUCUACCCAGACCCCUUGUCCACCUCGGAAGGCAAGAUCCUGUAUUCCUACCAGCCCGCCGGCUUUGGCAAACAAUUUUGGAGACUGGAUGACGCAUAUGCUCACUAUGCGUACAUCUGUCCAGUCCUACAAACAGGUCAUUAUGCAUCUAUUGCUACGGAUUCGAAAGCACCGGUGUACAUUUAUCACUUUGCGGCCCGAUCGGCUGCCCACGGGGGUACGGAUCAUGGCGACGAGGCACCCGUGGUCGCUCACGACCAACAGGUCUUGGCCAAUUUCCCAGGCUUGACCGAGACGGCUACCCUCAUGACCGACUUUUGGACUCGCUUCGCCGCCUUUGGUGAUCCAAACCCCGAGUAUCUUAGCACCGCCACCAACACGAACAUGAUGUGGAUGAAGUACCAAAGUCCGUUUUCAGAUUCAGGUGAUAAGGUGACUGGUGUCAAUGGCCAGGUGGCACUGUUUGGCCUGGGCAACGACGAGCGAAUGCUGGCUAAAGGCCGCUCCUCGCCGGGUACACCUGGACAAAUGAUCGCGCUGACGGAGCGAGAACUCAUGGAGUGCCGGUUUUGGUUUGACAAGGUGAUAUACAGUGAGGGCUUUGGUAAUGGAAGUCUUGCACUUACCUAA